AACAAGCUAAUUACUAUUACUAUGACUCCUAUAAAUGGCAUAAAGCUGAGCCCAUUCCAGUAACCGGGACACAGAAAUCACUCCACACCUGCAGACCAACCAGUGAUCUUUUGGUGACCAGAUUGGACGUUUUUAGGGAACAUGGUGUCCUUCAGCCUUGCAGUUGUCUUUGUGGUGGCAGCCCUCCACAUUCAGGCUUUUACAGGUAAAGGUAUAUGUCCAAAACACAGCCACUAUAAAGAGGUUGAAGGAUGUGAGAUAAGAUGUGACCGCUUGCUGGCUCCCAUUAUGCCUUUAGAUUGUCUUCAAACUAAGAAGCACAGGGAUUGCCGGUGUGAAGACGGACUACUUCCGCAGAGCGGCACCUAUGGCUUAACCGUCCUCUGCGUCAGUCCACAAGAAUGCCAAACCAACUGUAGCGCCAACGCGCACUACGAGCCCUUCGGAUCCCCCUGCCAGGCCACCUGUGAUCAACCAAAAGUUACCGAGCCCUGCGAAUUCCCGGGAGGCCCGACUUGCGUCUGUAACUUUGGGUACGUCAUGGAUCAGAACCAGCUGUACAAAUGCGUGAAGCCCAAUGAGUGUUCAUCCGCGCAUAAACCCUAGACCAGUCAUGGGUCUUCUUAUUAUCCACUAAUUCAUCUCUAAAAGGAGUCAUCAUAGGGAAAAAUCACUCUAGCAGGGGCCAAACAGCAAAAUAAAUACACCUCUUUAGUAGAGUGAUGGAAGGGUUAAUCUGCUUACAUUGUGCCUUCUCUGGUUCUUUUCCUGCACAUCAUCAAUUUAAUAAAAUGUUUUAAUUAAAACC